CACUUAACAAUAACAGAGACGGGGCUGUAGACCUUCCUUCGCCACCGACACUAAGAGAGCACAAUGGAGAAAAAAGUGUUUUUUUUUUUGUAAAACAAACGAACCAGAUUCUUCAAUUUCUUUAUUAUACCUCAUCAGCCGUUGAUUUGAUUUUGAUCGAUGGAGUUAAAGGUCGAACGAAAUGAACGUAUCUGAGCCACUCACUCGCAACUGCUUCCCCUUCUUCCUCUCGGCCAUAUCGAUUCGCUGCAGCACAACGAGGCGCGCGAUGACGCCGGCAGAACGUCCAUCGGAACUGCGGCACGAUGAAGUGCAUUAGGCUGAAAUUUCCAUUGUUUUGACACUAAAAAGGUUUGAUGAAUAUAGACGGAUUAUUGGAUAAUUUGUUGUUAACUAUCUGCAAAUAAACGGGACAACAAAGCCAAGAUGCUCAAAAGUAUGCUCGCUUGCUGCAAGCUCUACAUCUCUGAAAGCCGAAAUGUUCAUGCCCUGGAAUUGAUUGAGCAUGCUGCAAAAGCACAUCCAGAAGUCGUUCUCAUAAACAAAUUCAAGGAUGAAGUUUAUAAUCGAGUUGGCUACACAAUUGUUUCACCCCUCUCCAUUAACUCAGAUGCAAGUCCAUUAAGGACUGCGGUGUUUGACAUGGUUAAAGCGGCCUUCGAAGCUAUCGAUCUCGAAUUGCAUUAUGGAAGUCAUCCUCGUCUUGGAGUUGUAGACCACAUCUGCUUCCAUCCCUUGGCCCAAGCUUCGCUUCCCCAAGUUGCUGAAAUUGCAAAAUCAGUGGCAUGUGACAUUGGCAAGAAACUCCAAGCCCCAACCUAUCUAUAUGGAGCAUGCCAUGAAGGAGGAAGAACUCUUGAUUCGAUAAGAAGAAAGUUUGGCUACUUCAAACCCAACUCGGCUGGAAAUCAAUGGACAGGCUCGCUGAAAAUGGAGAUUUUGGAGCUGAGGCCUGAUGUUGGUCCCCUUCAGCCUCCAUCAUCCAAAGGCAUUGUGGUCGUAGGAGCUACACAUUGGGUCGACAACUACAAUAUCCCAGUCUGGUGCACUGAUAUCGACUCUGUUCGGAGAAUUGCGAGCAAGGUAAGGGAACGAGGAGGGGGGCUAAAAUCGGUGCAAGCUAUCGCCCUAUCUCAUGCUGCAGGCUGCAUUGAAGUCGCAUGCAAUCUGCUUGAUACGAGCAUCACAGGGGCUGAUCAGGUACAAAGUGAAGUCCAGAGACUUGCUGCGGAGGAAGGAUUCAAAGUGGGGGAAGGAUAUUCUACUGAUUUCUCAAGAGAAAAGAUCACUGAAAUGUAUCUUAGAUCUAUUUCAUUUUCAUGUGGAAGAGGUUGAUAUUUUACUGAUUUAAUUUCUUACAAACCAUUAUAUUUAAUUUGGAAAUCAGCUUCCAGUAGAUUUUUUUUUUGAUAUUUUUAUUACACCA